AUGCGCCCUCACUUCCGCACAUUGGCCAAACUGGUCGUUUUUCGCUGUUUCUCUGUCUACCUUGUUUCUUCGUGGUUUGUUCCCGAUGAAGUGUAUCAAUCCGCCGAAGUAGCCCACCACCUCGUCUAUAAUACAGGCCAUCUUUCUUGGGAAUGGCGUCAUUCUCUACGUUCAUUCUUCCACCCAGCUUUAAUCGCUCUAAUUUUAAAAGUCCUGAAAAUUCUCUCUCUCGACACCCAAUAUCUGGUUUAUCAUGUUCCUCGUUUAGCUCACGCUCUUCUUUUUGCUUUAUCAGACCUCUCUUUCUACAAAACUUGCUUACGCUUGUGUAAAACUAAAGGUAUAGCAGAAAAUUCAUUCAUUACCUAUCUAAGCUCCUGGUUUGUCUUUUAUUGUGCUCCUAGAACAUUAUCAAACUCCCUUGAGACAUCUCUUACUUUAAUUGCUUUGAAUUGGUUCCCUUUUGAGAGAAGUUAUAAGGGUAUUACUUGGCCUUAUAUAGCUUUUGGUGUUGUGACAGUUGUAAUUAGGCCCACUGUUGCUUUGAUUUGGAUAGUUUUUGGCCUUCACCACUUGUACUAUAAUCCCCGCCCAUUCCGUUCACUUCUCCGCACCGUAUUACCUGUUGCUUUACCCAUUUUGACCAUCACAGUCAUAAUUGAUUCCUGGGCUUAUGGAAAGCCGACUAUCCCAUUAUGGAACUUCCUUCAAUUCAACGUCGUGCAAGGAGGCAGCUCAUUAUUUGGCGUUCACCCAUGGCACUGGUACAUCACCUCUGGAGCCCCGGCUGUUCUCACUGUUCAAUUACUACCAAUCUUCGUCGGCAUCGUGGGACCCAGCAUUUUCCGCCCAACCCUUCUGCCGCUAAUCGCUACUUUAUUCUACAUCACCGUCCAUUCGUUGCUUCCACAUAAAGAGCAACGCUUUCUCCUCCCAAUCAUACCAUUGCUAUGUAUUUAUGCUGGAGGAGCAUUUCAAGGGUUAAAAAAGUGGCGAGGAAGCGCAAUUGUUGCAAUGGUCACCAUCAACAUUGGAAUCGCCAUAUUCACUUCACGGUAUCACCAAGUCGGACCAUUCGCUGCACCUCGAAGAAUUAUGGAAGAAUGGAGAGACCAUCAUGGCACACUUUCUGUUGCCGCUCUAAUGCCUUGCUAUUCUCUUCCUGGACACGCAUUUUGGCAUACACAUCUCAAAACUUUGCGUCUUCUGGACUGCUCACCUGAUCUGAUGCACAUCCGAGGACCUAAUGAACUCGAUGAAGCUGAUCAGUUUCAUUCCAACUCUACCAAGUGGCUCAUCGAGAAGUUUGCAUUGGAACAUCAGAAUUAUCAACGAGUGCUGAUGUAUGAAAAAGUUUAUGAACCUGUUCGUCGUUGGUUUGAAGCAAAUGGAUGGUAUCAGUGUAUCGAGAAGAUCUGGCAUUCGAUAGUAUUGACUUCUUCCAGAGAAGACAAUUAUAUGAUUGUGUUGUGUCGAAAUGGGUAUUAG